AUGAAAGAUACAAGAAAACUUGGGGCCAAACUUGCCAAUACUCGUAUAGAUGUGAAUCAUAAACUUGGGGACUAUGGUGGUGAGCUUUUAGAGGAUCCAAAGCAGUACCAAAGGCUUGUGGGGAGACUACUCUAUUUAUCCAUGACUAGGCCUAACAUAGCAUAUGCUGUGGGGGUUCUUAGCCAGUUUAUGCAUGCUUCUAAGGUAGCACAUCUGGAAGUGGUAGACAGGGUGCUGAGAUAUUUGAAGAAAUUCCUAGGGACAGGCCUAUUAUUCAAGAAACAUGGGCAUAUGAGAGUUGAGAUUUACAUUGAUGCUGAUUGGGCUGACUCGGUAGAUGACGGGAAAUCCACCAGUGAUUAUUAUACCUUUGUAGGGGAAAUCUUGUUACUUGGAGGAGUAAGAAACAAAGUGUGGUUGCCCGAACCAGUGUAG